AUGCCGCCCUUCCCAAUGGCUAUCAACGCCGUCGUGGCGAUACUUGAUGGGAGCCCUUCGGAGCCCGUUAUUCUCACCAUGAUUAUAUCUUAUGUAGCUUCAUUCAUAUCCCUACUCUUUUCAUCACCAGUUUCAACAUCAAAAACAACUUCCUGCUGGCGCGACACUCCUUGCAAUGUGCGGACAGCAUCUUUUAGCGGGCCCUGGGACACCAACAAUUACUCGCCCAAAACAAGGACCGUAUCGCCCGUGACGAUAUUUACCGAAGACUUCUCCGUCUCCAUGAAAUACCCCAAGACAGCCGACCUGUCUUCCAAUGUCCUCAUCUACGACUUUGGAAAGGAAGUGGGUGGCAUCGUCACCGUCUCAUACGAAGCAACCGGAUCCGGACACUUGGGCCUCGCGUUCUCAGAAGCGAGGAACUGGACCGGCCGAGCAUCAGAUGGAUCAAAUGGACGAUACAUCCCCCGAGGCGAUGGCGCUCUAUUCGCUCCAAUCGAUAAUAGUACCCAGUCGGGAACGUACACGAUGCCCGACGAGAAAAUGCGAGGCGGUUUCCGAUAUCUGUCUCUGUUCACGACCACCGACCAAGCGAUCAAAGUUCAAAUCACAUCAGUCACCCUGGAGCUUUCGUUCCAGCCCACUUGGUCUGAUCUUCGAGCGUACGGCGGGUACUUCCACUCCAGCGAUGAGCUCUUGAACCGGAUCUGGUAUGCGGGCGCGUACACACUGCAGACGAACGCCGUCCCACCUCGUACCGGUCGCGUGUGGCCGCUCCUGGAGAAGGGCUGGAGAAACGAUGCCUGGCUGGGCACCAACGGCUCGAGCAUCUUCGUCGAUGGGAGCAAACGUGACCGAGCUACGUGGGCGGGGGAUCUGGGAAUCGCAUUGCCCAGUGCUUUUGUCAGCACUGGAGAUUUCGAGAGCGCCAGGAAUGCGCUGCAGCUGCAGUAUGAUCUUCAGUCCGUUCAUGGCGAGCUUCCGGUGGCUGGACCCCCUCUGAACUUCUUUGGGUCGGAUACUUACCACAUGGCUUCGCUGAUCGGAACGUAUGAAUACCUUCUUUACAGCGGAGAUAUGGAGUUUCUUGCUGCCAACUGGGCCAAAAUCAAACUUGCCAUCAGAUACGUCAGCAACAAGAUCGAUCCGAGAAGCGGCGCCCUGUACGUGACUGGCGAGGCAGAUUGGGGCAGAUACGCUCAAGGCGGCUUCAACACGGCAGCAAAUGCAAUGAUGUUUCGGACUUUGAUCACCGGCAAUCUCAUGGCCGGAUGGAUGGGUCAGCCAGGUCAAGGUGCUCGCUGGGAAGAAAUGGCCAACGUCCUGAAGGCGUCGAUGAAUUCCCCGGCGCUCAAUUGGGACCCGGUGGUGGGAGCGUUCAAGGACAGCAACAUCGACGCAUCAGUCUACCCAGAAGACGGCAACAGUCUCGCAUUGUACUACGACAUGGCAUUUCCCACCUACUACCGAAACAUCAGCGACCGGCUCGUCACCAACUGGGGCCCUAUCGGCGCCAAGUGCCCCGAGCUAUCCUUCAACAUCGUGCCCUUUAUCGAAAGCAUGGAGAUCAAAGGCCACCUGGCCAUCGGCCAGACCCAGCGCGCCCUCGCCCUCAUCCGCCGCAGCUGGGGCUGGUACCUCAACCACCCCUCGGGCACCCAGAGCACCUUCAUCGAAGGCUACCUCGCGGACGGCUCCUUCGGAUACCGCGCCUGGACCGGCUACGAACACGACUACUCCUACACGUCGCACGCCCACGGCUGGAGCACCGGGCCCACGCACGCCCUGAGCCACUACGUCCUGGGGCUGCAGCUCGCCUCCCCCGCCGGCGCGGACUGGAUCCUGGCGCCGCAGUUCGGCGACCUGACGUCUGCCCAGGGCGGCUUCACCACGCCGCGGGGCCCCUUCUCGGCCCGGUGGGCGCUGCGUCCCGGCGGCUACGAUCUCACGUACGAUGUCCCCGUCGGGACCGCGGGCACGCUCCGGCUGCCUGCCGGGUCGACGACGGGGCCGGUGCCGCGGGUCACCGUGGCUGGGGAGGUGCGUCUGGUUGAUGCGUACGAGGUUGAGAAGGGGGUUGCUACGCUUCUGGGCGCGGUGGGGGGGAAGGUUGCUAUUCGGGUGAUGUAUGAUUGA